AUCAUAACAACCUCUUUGCUGUGGAUAUAUCAGUCGGCAGUCGUUACAAUCCAAUGCAUCUUGAGUGACCAGGAGAUGAUGAAGGAUGAACACGUGAGGACGCCCCUGUCAUAGAUGCAGUUUAUUGUUGUGUAAAUAUUUUGGUCCCCUCCUCAAUCAACUUGGAUGCCAAGAAAUGACGUCGUGACUACCAUCCAGGGCUUCCCCCUGCUCCUUCCUCGAAAUUUGGAACCGGCGCCUGUCGCGUGUUCAUUAUUAUUGCACGAUACAUUUCCAGAUCAUCGGGCUUGCGAUUUCGGCGUCGUCGUCGCAUCUUAUUCCAUCUUCCAUCAAUUAUGAACCUCUCUAUCCCCUAAGAUACCCAAUACUUGUUGUUUGAUUUUGAAUUCCUCCGAUCCUCAUUCGCAAUGGUGUACAUAAGGCAAGACAAGCUCCCCAGGCUGAAGGAGUACAAGUACUCCGGCGUAGAUAAGAGUUUAACAUCGCGAUACAUCCUCAAGCCCUUCUACACUCAUGUGGUCAUCAAACUCUUUCCCAUGUGGAUGGCCCCCAACCUGAUCACCUUGAGUGGAUUCUCUUUCGUCGUCAUCAAUUUCCUCACCCUCCUAUGGUAUACUCCCGGUCUUGACACCGACUGCCCACCCUGGGUCUAUGCCUCCUGGUCGAUCGGACUAUUCCUCUACCAAACAUUCGAUGCCGUAGACGGAACGCAAGCACGCCGGACUGGCCAGUCCGGACCGCUUGGUGAACUUUUUGAUCAUGGGGUCGACUCCCUCAACACAUCGCUGGAGGUCCUCAUUUUCAGCGCCACCAUGAACCUAGGAGAAGGAUGGAGGACGGUCGCGGUCCUGUUCGCAAGCCUGGGGACCUUCUACGUACAGACAUGGGAGGAGUACCAUACCCAUACCCUCACGUUGGGGUUGAUCUCCGGUCCAGUGGAAGGCAUCUUGACAUUGUGUGUGAUCUACGGACUAACGGCAUUCCUUGGCGGUGGCUCCUUUUGGAGCAAUUCACUGAUGGCCACCUUGGGAGUCUCCAAGGCCGCCUGGAUCCCGGAUUUCAUUUACAACUCGGCGUUCACCGACUGGUACAUUUUCUACGGCAGCAUCAUGUUGAUCGUCAACACCGUGCAAGCCGCGCAAAACGUCAUCGAGGUGCGACGCGCCGAAGGCAAGAAGGGCCGUGUCGCCCUCCUCGGCCUCCUCCCGUUCGCCAUCACCUGGGUCCUCGUCCCCGCCUACCUCGCGCUCCAACCGAAGAUCCUGCACCACCAUCUGGUCCCGUUCAUCUUCUUCGUCGGCCUCACCAACGCCUACUCUGUCGGCCGCAUGAUCUGUGCGCACCUAACCAAGUCCGCGUUCCCGCGCAGCAACAUCCUAUGGCUGCCGCUGUUCCUCGGCAUCGUGGACUCGAUGGGACCGGUGUUGCAGCGGGAGGUGAGCGCCAAGAUCGGACUGGAUGGUUGGCUGGGAUGGCCUAGCGCGUUGGGAGAGGACGUGUAUCAGGUGGCGUUCAUGUUCCUGUGUUUGGGCAUGGGCAUUGGUGUCUAUGGCAGCUUUGUGGUGGAUGUAAUUGUCGCGAUUUGCGAUUACUUGGAUAUCUGGUGCUUGACGAUUAAGCAUCCGAAUAUCCCGGUGCCGGUGAAAGAGCACAAGAAGACGAAAUAGUUGGUGUCAUAGACUGGUGGCGGUCUGUUGGGAUAGAUGCAGGUACACAACCUGAUUUUUGAGGGACAAUACCUAUCCUAUCCAUUGGUGGACUUGGUUAUGAGCGCUUUUCUGUUCUUCUUCCUGUUCAUACCUAUGUCAAGUGCUGGAUUUUAAUCAUAUGCCGUUUCCUUAUCAUAAGCUGGAUUAUACGCGCCUUGAAACUUCUAUCCCUUGAGAUGUUUGUCCCUUGUCCACACUGCUGAGUUCGUCGACUCGAUCCAUAAUGUCCAAUCGUACCCUAGAACAAACCCUUGCUACCUGAUUCUUCCACUU